AUGGAUGUUUGUGCGCCAGACCGUAUAUUUCUGUGUCUUCUACGCCCCGACAAAAGCAUUCACAACAUCCAGACAUCACGGCAGCAGCUGAAGGGCGUCCUCGACGUCGGUCACGCGCUGCACGCGAUGUCCGCACUUGCCCUCACAUCCUCAGCCCGUAGAACAGCCGCAAGAUGCUCAGCCUCUGCUCGCCAUCUAUACACAGCAGCUAAGUCCACACCACGAUGCGCGAACCCGAAGCGGAACUACUCUGAGACGAGCGGGGGCUCAAAGCAGCAGACACCCUCGGGCGAGCGGGACAGGUCUGCAGUCGGCGUCUUCACGCCGACCGCCGCUGCGAUCUUCGUCGCGACUGGCGUCGGCCUCUUCUUCUACUUCCGCCACGAGAAGGAAAAGCUGCAUGAGCAGCGACAAAAAGAGCUGAUAGACAAGGACGUCGGGCGCCCCAACGUAGGCGGGCCGUUCUCGCUCACAACACAGGACGGCAAGACGUUCACGGACAAGGACCUACUGGGGCGCUGGAGCCUAAUCUACUUCGGCUUCACAAACUGCCCCGACAUCUGCCCAGAGGAGCUCGACAAGAUGAGUGCUGCGGUGACCGAGCUUGACAAGGCGUAUGGCCCGAUUGUACAGCCGAUCUUCGUCUCCGUCGACCCCGCGCGAGACACGGUCCCACAGGUCGCGCGAUACGUGUCCGAGUUCCACCCGCGCCUCGUCGGGCUCACGGGCGAGUACGCGGCGGUUCGCGCGGCGUGCAAGGCGUACCGCGUGUACUUCUCGACCCCGCGUGAUGCGCAGCCUGGCGAUGACUACCUCGUCGACCACUCGAUCUACUUCUACCUCAUGGACCCACACGGGCGCUUCGUCGAGGCAUUCGGGAAGGCGAGCCCGAUGGAGGACGUUGUGGAGCGCGUAAAGAAGGAGGUCGGCGUGUGGGAGGAGCAGACGGGGAAGCGGGUGUAG